AUGGAGGAGAAGGGUGGUGGGCGAGGAUGGAUGUCUGGUGGAUUGUUUGCUGCGGCUUUGCAGAAGAACUUCUCGAUGUUCUUGAUGGCGGAGACGAGACGCCUGUUUGCUGUCGAGCUGCCGGGUCGUCGUCGUCUUGCUUGUCUACCGGGUUUCCGAUCCAGCAACAAGAAGAAGAAGAAGAAAAGAAGAAGAAGAAGGAAGAAGAGGAGGGCGACGCGGAUGUUUGAAGACGAAGGGAGACCCCUGGAGGAGAAAAAGAAGAGACCGGCUAAAGCGGCGAGAGAAAGUGGCCUCUUUGGGCCAGUCGUCCUGCUGGUUUGCUCGUGUCGCCGCUUUUGUGAUGCUGAGUCAUCUGGCUCUUUUCCCCCCUGGCUCAGCCACAAGCCCAGCGUCGGGAGCAGCAGGAAGGACGGCGAGGAAAAAGCAAGCAUCGAAAGGCUGAAGAAAAGAACAGGGAAAUCACAGUCAAUCAUAAUAUUCUAUGAAGAAGAAAAGUGGAUUGGUGGAUGGGUGGGAAGGCUAGUACGGAGAAGCGGAGCCGGUGACCAGGCCAGGGACCUGACCUUCCCUGAGAGACGACUUCGCGACGACGACGCUCCUGAGCCCGGCGAUCGCCCACGGUUACAGCAGGCCGCCAUAUUCCUCAGAGCAGAGCAGCAGGCAGAGAUGCCAGCCAGUUUUCGCUGUAACGAACUAACUAGUUAUACGAACGGAAAGUUCUGCGUUGCGUCGCCGGAUCUUCGUUUGAUAGACGCUGGUUCGAUGCAAAGCGGAGGCCGACUUGCUCGCCUGAGACUUCCUUUGUGCGCUCGAGUUACAAGCGUGCAUAGCCCAGACACAAGGAGGAUAAUGCAUUGGCGGCUUGUUGACCCGAUCAACUCUGUCCACUCUCCACUUCUCGUGUUUCUUCCCCGCUACGGGAACCUGACAAGUUCG